AUGGAGAACUGGGCAGGUGGGGCUGAGGCCGAGGAUCGUCACGCCCACGGGCCUUGGAGCCCGGAGGGGGAGGCCCAGGCGGAGAGCCUGGCGCUCCUCUCCUUGAACAGCAGUGACCACAGGACCGGGUCUCCCCUGGGCGCUCCGUCUGACCUGUCCAGCUCCAGGACCGUGUGCGCUGCAGGGCUGGCCAUGGCGCCUCCCCCCGCCCGUUUCCUGGGCCUCGUGCUCUGCCUGGCCCCGGCCGUCCACCUCGGGGACGGGGCCCCGCCCGCACCCUCCAUCGGGGCCGAGCCGGGGCCUGUGAUCCGCCGGGGACAGCCUGUGACCAUCGUGUGCCGGGGCCCAGCUGGGGCUGACCUGUUCCGUCUGGUGGAAAAGGAGAAUGUACCUGCUUAUCGGGAUCAGGAAAUCUCUUCUCCACAUGGCUCACAGGGGACAGAGGCCAGAUUCCGCAUCCCCGCAGUGAAUGAAGACACGGCUGGGACUUAUCACUGCCUGUAUCUCAAAGUGACCAAUUCAUCGCAGUGGUCUGCGCGCAGUGACCCCCUGGAACUGCAGGUGACCGAUGAGGACGUCUCCACUCCACCUUCAGGGCCACGGAGGAGCAGCUCGGUGCUGACCCGUGAGGUCGAGGUCAAGGUCAUGGAGACUGAGGAAGGGCGGAAGGCAUUUCAGGCCCUGAAGGAAGCCCUUGCCUCGGCCCUGGCAUUGGCCUUGCCCAACCCAGCCAAGCCGUUCCUCCUCUAUGUGGCUGAAAAACAAGGAAUGGCCUUGGGAGUGUUGAGCCAGACCCUGGGCCCUUGGAAGAGGCCGGUGGCCUACCUGUCAAAGAAACUAGACCCGGUGGCAUCAGGAUGGCCAGCCUGCCUGAGGGCCAUAGCGGCUACCUCAGUCCUGGUGAAGGAGGUGAGUAAGCUAACCUUGGGGCAAGACAUCCAAGUAGUCGGGGAACACUAUGUCGAGCAAGUACUCCGUGCACCGCCUGGUCGUUGGUUGACCAACGCACGACUGACCCAAUAUCAGGCUCAGCUCCUGAACCCCCUGGCUGUCAGAUUCCUUAAGACGACUGCCCUGAACCCGGCCACCAUGCUACCAGUCCCCGAAUCGGGAGUGACUCAUUGCUGCCCCCAUGUCCUGGAAGCGGUAGCCGGAACGCGGCCUGACCUGCGGGACCUGGCAUACGAGAACGCGGACCUAACCUGGUACACAGACGGCAGCAGCUUCGUAAACAACGGACUCAGGUAUGCUGGGGCAGCCGUGACAACAGCGGACGAGGUGGUAUGGAAACAAGCUCUGCCCAAGGGGACAUUGGCCCAGAGAGCAGAGUUGGUCGCGCUCACCCAAGCCCUCCGGAUGGCCGAAGGAAGGACGGUCAACAUUUACACGGACAGCAGGUAUGCUUUUGCAACAGCCCAUGUGCAUGGGGCCAUCUACCGGGAGCGCGGGCUGCUGACGGCUGGAGGUAAGGAAAUCAAUCGCCAGGAAAUCCUAGAACUGCUGGAUGCGCUGUGGAUGCCCAAGAAGGUAGCCAUCAUUCACUGCCGAGGGCACCAGAGAGGAAGUGACCCCGUGGCAAGGGGUAACGCCCUGGCUGAUCUGGCGGCCAAAGAGGCGGCGAAGGAAAGGAAGCUGGAGAAGCAGGGGGAAGGAUAUAGGGCUCGAUGUACCCCAUACACAGGAGGCUGGACGCCUUACGAAAUCAUGUACGGGCAGCCUGUGCCACUAGUGCCCAAGCUGACUAGAGAGGAGAUAGAGGCCUCUAAUCAUAACUUUCUAAAGUCCUUACAGGCACUGCAGGCCCUCAGAGAAGAAGUCCGGAGCCUACGAAGGGAGGAGAAGGAGGCAAAUGAAAGAGGUGGCACUGGCGAAGGCUUCAGGCAACACGAGGAGGACAUCGAGGACGAGGGGCUUGGCCUCAUUCCUCCCAGAAAGGCCGGCCCAACCCAUCAGCGCUGUUGUGAGAAACAGGAAACUAGAGAUGGGGCGUCCUGCCUUCGCGGCGGGGACCCAGAAGGAGCCCCCGCCUCCUGGAAUUACACGAUGGAGAACUGUGUCCGCAUCGGCCUGGCUGGCGCGGUCUUGCUGAUCCUGGUGGCGAUUCUGGCAGAGGCUGGGCACAGCCGGCGCAGGUGGCCACACAGACCAUAG